AUGAAGAUGAGAAACGGUGCAGUAUUGGUUGUAUUGGGUAUGAUCUGUCUGGGAAUGAGCAUGGGUUCCCUUGUGGAAGCACGCCACUACCAGUCAUCUCCGUCUUCUUCAUCAUCUUCAUCAAGCGGGGGGAGUUCAUCAAGCUGUCCACUAAAUGCAGUGAAAUUGGGAGCGUGUGUGGAUGUGCUGGGAGGGCUGGUAAACGCUACCAUUGGAGAUCCCGCUGUGAACAAAUGCUGCCCUGUUCUGCAAGGCGUUUUGGAAAUUGAGGCAGCACUGUGUCUGUGUACAACAAUUAGGGCAAAGGUUCUGAGCCUGAACAUCAUCCUUCCCAUCGCACUUGAGCUUUUCGUUCAGUGUGGUCUCAACCCUCCUCCUGGAUUCAAAUGCCCACCCCUUAAUUAA